GUCUUACAUCGCUAGCUCGCAACUUGCCAAUUUGGGCCGCGUGCGUUGCGCACCAGUGACUAGCUGUAAAAGGGACGCAGCAUUCGGCACACGAUCGUGCGAAGCUCCUCUGGUGCGCGCAAUUCUUACACCAGCUCCGUGCGCCAAGCCAGAGGUCAGCUUUUGAGCUGCGCCGCUGCCAGCGCGAAUCGGCCCAGUAAUGACCGAAACCCGUGGCGCUGCUAUGCGACAGGCAAUGCCAUCCCGCCUGCCGCCGCAGCUCAUAAUUGCUUGGCUACCGACCCGCGAUGUUGCCUCCGCGCUGCGCGUGUCGAAGGAUUGGCGCGGUUCCCCAGAACCGAUCUUCAAAGCGAUCGCGGGCCGCCAUGGGCUCCGGCUCGUGGACGCUUCGUGGAGAGAGACGGUGCGGCAGUAUAGGUCCUCUUUGGGGGACUUUUCAUUUGUACUUACCGGUCAUCCCACCCCUCUGCGUUUACACACGGCGGCAAGGCGCGACGACGUCCCGGCCAUCCAAAGACUUAUUUCCGAAGGUGUAAAUGUAAACCAUGCGACUCCUGCCGGCCUGACGGCUCUCCACUACGCGGCAUUGCGGGAAAAUUUGAGUGCUCUAAACGCAUUAAUUGCCGCCGGCGCCGAUCUGAACGCACACAACCGGAUACUGCGAACGGCUGCUGGCGGGGGCACGCCGCUCCACGUCGCCGCGAAUUCGACGAGGGCACGUCUAUCCGCGCGAUACUAUUGUGCCGCGCGGCUGAUCGAAGCCGGUGCCAACGCACGGCUUUUGAACGGAGACGAACAGGCGCCUUACCAGAGCCAGUUUCCAGCACACGUGCCCGGACCUCAGGAGCCCAGUUUCUUCGAUUUUUCUGACGUGGGCCCCCAUAGAUUCCGCAAGCUCCUGGAAGACGCCUUCCAUGCCCAGCGCUAAUGCCAGUGAUGUAAUUAUGAU